ACUUCAGAUCAUUCGUAGCUUACGUUUAUUGGUCAAUGAUAAUAAGUGAUCGUUAUUCGUUACUUUUCAAUUCAUAAAUAUAAAAUCGUCAGUGUCGUCUGAAAUCUCGCAGUUGAGAUUACGCUAUCCAAAUAAAUUAACUUUAAUCUAUUUGUGAUUUAUUAAAAAUAAUGGGGGACUCCUUAUUUGAUAUUUUUGGUGACAUGUCUAAAUCGACCAUUAAAACUAUUGCUCGUCAGCCGAUAUCGUCAAUUGAGAAUAUGGGUAAAACCGUAUCCAACGGACCUCUCAAGCCUAUGGAAUCUAAUUUACCUAUGAAGAAGGGUGAAACAAACAUCAAGAGGUCUUUCAUGUCAAACAAGGGAAAAGCCUUACAGAGUACACCAAUUCGACAGAUUUCCACACCUGGAGCUAAAGUAGAAAAUAUGAUUUACAAUGACCAUGACUACAUGGAGGAAAUAUCUUCCUUCAUGGAUAUACAGUUUACUGGAUUUUCAAAUAAAUAUGAUAACUUUCACACUGAUAUGUUAGACUAUUUGCCUCUGCCUGAGUUAAAAAUUCCAACAAUAGUUACUCCUCCAAAUACCCCACCUCCUGCUAUGUCUAAACCAACUAUGGAUUUAAACUUCUCCUAUCAAGAUGAUUUCUAUACAGAUGAUUUCUCCAUUGACAGCUUACCAGACCCAGAAUUGAACUUGCCUGACAUAUUUUAAUUAUCUAUUUAGAAAAAAAUAUUAAACUAUACAACAUAUUUUGUGCAACUCUAUGGAAAGUUUGAUGUUUCUGAUAUCUCUGGACUUGAAAUUAUUUUGAAUAAAAAACUUUUGUAUUAGAAAUUAAAUGAUUUCAUUAAAUGUACCACUACCACUUGUGACUUAUUAUUAAAUAAAAGUAUGAAA